AUGGCUUCAACUUCAAGCAAUCCCACUGUUGGGAGAGAUGCCAGUUCAAAGCUCAAGUCCAUGAAGCUACUUGAGGUUCUGAAUGCAUUGGAGGAGGAGGGUCCUAGCCACCGCAGGGAAGAGAUCUUCAUUGCGCCACCUGACAAUGCCUCAGGGGAUUUCACUGAUGAGGACUCAGGUGAUGAAGAUGGCCAGCGAGGCUCCCAUGUGCCCGGUAGUGUGCUGCAUGCCUCUGUUGUACCUGAGGACUCUGGCACUGAGGAGGAGGAUGACGACCUGCAGCCACCACCAGCCAUGAAGAGGCAGAAGGCAGUAGUGGAACCUCAGCGUGUUUGGAUCAAAAGAGAUAUCCAACCCAACUUCCGCAGCUGGACUCCAUCAGAUCCCCAUAUAGAGGAUCUCAAAAGCCAGGAACUGAGUCCUGUAGGCCUAUUUGAGUUGUUUUUUGAUGAAGGAACUAUUAAUUUUAUUGUUAAUGAAACCAAUCGUUAUGCUUGGCAAAAAAAUGUCAACCUUGGGCUCACAGCCCAGGAAUUAAAGUGUGUUUUGGGAAUUUUGAUUUUAAGUGGGUAUAUAUCCUAUCCAAGGAGAAGGAUGUUUUGGGAAACAUCUCCUGAUUCACAUCAUCAUCUUGUGGCUGAUGCAAUUAGAAGGGACAGAUUUGAACUGAUCUUUUCAUACCUGCAUUUUGCAGAUAAUAAUGAGCUGGAUGAAAGUGAUAGGUUUGCCAAGGUCAGGCCUCUCAUUGUCCGAAUGAAUUGCAAUUUCCAGAAGCACGCACCCUUGGAAGAAUUCUACAGCUUUGGUGAGUCCAUGUGUGAAUACUUUGGACACCGGGGAUCCAAGCAGCUGCCAGCAGGGAAACCCAUGCGUCUGGGCUACAAGAUCUGGUGUGGGACAACCAGCAGGGGCUAUCUGGUGUGGUUUGAGCCCUCACAGGGCACACUGUUCACCAAGUCAGACAGGGGCUUAGACUUAGGAGGUAGUAUGGUGGUAAAAUUUGUGGAUGCUCUUCAGGAGCGUGGCUGUUUGCCAUACCACAUAUUUUUUGACAAGGUUUUUACAAGUGUCAAACUCAUGUCCAUUUUGAGGAAAAAGGGGGUGAAGGCCACAGGAACUGUUCGUGAAUACAGGACUGAGCGAUGUCCCCUCAAAGAUCCCAAAGAACUUAAGAAAAUGAAGAGGGGUUCAUUUGAUUAUAAAGUUGAUGAGAGUGAGGAGAUUAUCGUGUGCCGCUGGCAUGAUAGCAGUGUGGUUAAUAUCUGCUCUAAUGCUGUGGGCAUAGAGCCGGUGGAGCUGACCAGCCAUCAUUCAGGAAUAGCCAAAACACGGACCCAAGUCCAUCAACCAUCCCUGGUGAAGCUGUACCAGGAGAAAGUGGGGGGUGUCAGCCGGAUGGACCAGAAUAUUGCCAAAUACAAGGUAAAGAUCCGGGGCAUGAAGUGGUACUCAAGCUUCAUUGGCUAUGUCAUUGAUGCUGCCCUCAAUAAUGCUUGGCAACUACACAGGAUCUGCAGCCAUGAUGCCCAGGUAGACCUCCUGGCCUUCCGGAGAUAUGUGGCCUGUGUGUACCUAGAGAGCAAUGCUGACAUGUCCUCCCAAGGGAGGCGAAGCAGACGGCUGGAAACUGAGAGCCGCUUUGACAUGAUUGGUCACUGGAUCGUCCACCAGGACAAGAGGACUCGGUGUGCCCUUUGCCACUCGCAGACCAACACCCGCUGCGAGAAAUGCCAGAAGGGUGUCCAUGCCAAGUGUUUCAGGGAGUACCACAUUCGGUGA